CAAGGCCUAGGCUUUGCAGGCACCGGGGAGCGCGCAGAGCGCGAGAGGGAAGCCGGGGCGCGCUAGGGUCCCGGAGCCGGCCAUGGACCUGUACCUCACCCCCGCCGCCGCGCUCGACAACCUGGUGGCCCGCAGGCUGCAGCCGUCCCCCGAGUUCCUGGCGGCUGCGCGGCGCGCCCUGGGCGCCCUGGCAGCCUCCCUGCGUGAGCCCGGGGGCCGCGCGGCUGCCCAGCCUUGGAGGGUGCUGAAAAUCGCCAAGGGAGGCUCCGCCGGCCGGGGCACCGCGCUGAGGGGUGGCUGUGAUUCUGAACUUGUCAUCUUCCUUGACUGCUUCAAGAGCUACCAGGACGAGAGUGUUCACCGGACAGAGACCCUCAACGAGCUGCGGACCCUGCUACAACCCUGGUGUCAGAAACCCAUCCGCGGUCUGAGCUUUGUGUUUCCUGAGCAGGACAGGCCUGGGGUCCUACAGUUCCGCCUGGUAUCCACGGACCUUGAAAACUGGAUGGAUGUUAGCUUGGUGCCGGCCUUUGAUGCUCUGGGGCAGCUCAGUUCCAACGUCAAACCUGCGCCCCAGGUCUACUCGACGCUUCUCAAAAGUGGCUGCCAGGGCGGCGAGCACUCGGCCUGCUUCUCAGAGCUGCGGAGGAACUUUGUGAAUGUUCGCUCGGCAAAGGUGAAGAACCUGAUCCUGCUGGUGAAGCAUUGGUACAGUCAGGUGUGCCAGCAGGAGGGGAGGAGGGAGAUGCUUCCUCCGGCCUAUGCCCUGGAGCUGCUGACGAUAUUCGCCUGGGAGCAGGGCUGUGGGAAGGAUGCCUUCAGCCUGGCCCAAGGCCUCCGGACCGUCCUGGGCCUGAUCCAGCAGUAUCAGCACCUGUGUGUUUUCUGGACCCUCAACUAUGGCUUCGAGGAGGCUACGGUCAGCCAGUUCUUGAGGCAGCAGCUUGAGAGAACCAGGCCUGUGAUCCUGGACCCAGCUGACCCCACGUGGGAUGUGGGGGACGGAGCAGUGUGGUGCUGGGAUCUACUGGCCCGGGAGGCACAGUCCUGCUAUGAGCACCCAUGCUUCCUGCAGGCGGCAGGGAGGGCUGUGCAGCCCUGGGAGGGGCCCGGCCUUCCACGUGCCGGGAGCUCAGGUUUAGGCCACCCCAUCCAGCGAGACUCUGCCCAGAGGACCCCUGAGGACAGCAGCAGUCUCCAUGCUGUGCACCCAGGGGCAGGGAGCAGGCAGCCCUCAGGCCCAGCUCCCGGCCCCUCGGGGGCUGCCUGCAUCACCCCUUCCACACUGGGGACGGCCUUGGAUCUGUCUCAGAUCGCCGCCAAGGACCUGGACCGCUUCAUCCAGAACCACCUGAAACCAAACCCCCAGUUCCAGAAGCAGAUCGGCAAGGCCAUCGAUGUCAUCUUGGGUUGCCUUCGUGAGAACUGUGUCUACAAGGCCUCCAGAGUCAGCAAGGGGGGCUCGUUUGGCCGGGGCACAGACCUGAGGGGCGGCUCUGAUGCCGAACUCAUCAUUUUCCUCAACUGCUUCAAAGACUACAAGGACCAAAGGGCCCACCGCCCGGAGAUCCUUAAUGAGAUGCAGGCACAGCUGGAAUCCCGGUGGCAGGACCCAGUCCCCGGCCUGAGCCUCAAGUUUCCUGAGCGGACCGUGCCCGGGGCUUUGCAGUUCCAGCUGGUGUCCACGGCCCUAGGAAGCUGGAUGGAUGUGACCCUCCUGCCCGUCUUUGAUGCUGUGGGGCAGCUCUGCCCUGGCGCCAAACCUGCGCCCCAGGUCUACUCGACCCUCCUCAACAGCGGCUGCCAGAGGGGCGAGCACGCGGCCUGCUUCUCAGACCUGCGGAGGAACUUCGUGAACAAUCGCCCAACCAAGCUGAAAAACCUGAUCCUGCUAGUGAAGCACUGGUACCGUCAGGUUGCAGCUCAGAACAAAGGACAGCAACCAGCCUGUGCCUCUCUGCCCCCCGUCUACGCCCUGGAGCUGCUGACCAUAUUCGCCUGGGAGCAAGGCUGUGGGAAAGAUUCUUUCAAAAUGGCCGAAGGCCUAAAGACCGUCCUAGAGCUUGUCCAGCGGCACCAGCAGCUCUGUGUCUACUGGACAGUCAACUAUGGCUUUGAGGACCCUGAUAUCAGAACACAGCUUCUUGGCCAACUUCAGAAAAAGAGGCCCCUGGUCCUGGAUCCUGCCGACCCCACCUGGAAUGUGGGCCAGGGCAGCUGGGAGCUGUUGGCCCAGGAAGCAGCAAUUCUGGGGACUCAGGCCUGCUUUAAGAGUGGAGAAGGGCCGUCUGUGCAGCCCUGGGAUGUGAUGCCUGCUCUCCUUUACCAAACCCCAGCUGGGGACCUCGACAAGUUCAUCAGUGAAUUUCUCCAGCCCAACCGCCAGUUCUUGGCUCAGGUGAACAAGGCCAUUGAUACCAUUUGCUCAUUCCUGAGAGAAAACUGCUUCCGGAAUUCUGCUAUCAAAGUGCUCAAGGUGGUCAAGGGCGGCUCUUUAGCCAAAGGCACAGCUCUGCAGGGCUGCUCGGAUGCGGAUCUAGUGGUGUUCCUCAGCUGCUUCAGCCAGUUCACGGAGCAAGGGAACAGGCGGGCUGAGAUCAUCUCAGAGAUCCGAGCCCAGCUGGAGGCAUGUCAGCAGGAGAUGCAGUUCGAGGUGAAGUUCGAGAUCCCCAAGUGGGAGAAUUCCCGUGUACUGAGUUUCUCCCUGACGUCCCAGACGAUGCUGGACCAGAGUGUGGACUUUGACGUGCUGCCAGCCUUUAACGCCUUAGGCCAGGUGAUCCCCGGCUACAGGCCCCCGUCUCAAGUCUACGUCGACCUCAUCCACAGCUACAACCACGCAGGCGAGUACUCCACCUGCUUCACGGAGCUGCAGCGGGACUUCAUCGUCUCUCGGCCCACCAAGCUGAAGAGUCUGAUCCGACUGGUGAAACACUGGUACCGGCAGUGCAACAAGAUGCCCAAGGGGAAAGGCUCCCUGCCCCCCCAGCACGGGCUGGAACUCCUGACAGUGUAUGCUUGGGAGCAGGGCAGCCGGGACGCCCAAUUCAACAUGGCCCAGGGCUUCCGCACCGUCCUAGAGCUGGUCAGCCAGUACCGCCAGCUCUGUGUCUACUGGACCGUCAACUACAGCAACAAGGACAAGACUGUCAGAGACUUCCUGAACUGGAAGCUUCUCCAGCCCAGGCCCAUCAUCCUGGAUCCAGCUGACCCGACAGGCAACCUCGGCCACAAUGCCCGCUGGGACCUGCUGGCCAAGGAAGCCGCCGCCUACAUGUCUGCCCUGUGCUGCAUGAGCAGGGACGGCAGCCCCAUCCAGCCAUGGCCAGUGAAGCCUGAUGUGUGAAGGCCAGAGAGUCCACGUUUGUACCAGACGGACAGAAGGACACCAACCCUCGGCAUGAGGAGACUCAGGGUCACCUGCCAGAUGUGUGUGUGUGCGCGCGCGUGUGCGCGUGUGCACAUGCACGUGUGAGAGAUUGAUCCAACCACUCUGUCCAGCCUCCCAUCUGAUAUCCCUGCCUCCCCACUCCGUGCUCUCCUCCUGCUCUGUGUAGCCAGCCUGGCUGAUACCCCCUUGUAUCAGGUGGGCACUGGCCACCUCGCAGACUCGCCUCCCUCCUGUGGCCACGCAUCAGAAUCCAGGGUCCAUGGGCUGGCAGCAGCCUGCUUUUCCAGCCUCCCUGCCAUGACUCUGCUCUCAGACAGAGACGGGUACAUCCCACACUGCAUCCUGCCCCUGCUGAGAAUGUCCUCCUUCCUGACUUCUCUGCCCUUCCACACCAGCUCACAUCUCCUGCUGAGGAGCUCUCUGAGCUCAGCCACUGGCAGGAGAGCCUGCCCAGAUUGGCUGGUGUUGUUUGUCACAGACAGAGGGAGUGGGGCCACGCGUACCAUGCAGUCCCUCUCGUGGGACACCUGACUGAAUGCCUGUUCACUAGAGCCUGAUUUUCUUUCCCCUUCCUGUUGUGCUCACUCCCCAUGUGCGUAUCUCGAGGCCAUGCCCUGUUUGCCUUCCUGAAUUUUUACUAGGCUCUUUUCUUCUCUCCUGACCUGAUGGAACAUCGCCAGUGGGAUUCUCCAUCCCCAGAGGCUGAACGUGAGCCAGUGCCCAAACAACAGUGCUCAGCCUGCUUCUCUCUGCCCUCCAGGGCAAAUGCACCGGCUCCUUGUAAGAGGCACUCCUGACCUCUGGGCCAACAACAGUGUCCCCCGUAGUCAAGACUCAGCACGGAAAACAAAAUAGUCCAAGAAUCGUAAGCAGAAAGGGAUUCCAUCUAAAUCCCUGGAUGGUCUGGAGGAGCGGAAGGCAGGGGCCGCAACUGGACUGUGGGUUUGAAGAUUAGAGCACUGCGGCCGAAUCAGAGGUCGGGAGGCAACUGCAGCCAAUGGCACUCACACCCACAAAGCGGGGGGCCAGACCCAGAAUGUGGGCUCCAGUGGCCACAGGCGAGGCUCAGGGCUUGCUAGCCAUCAGCACGGCGGGAAGAUGCCUUAUGUGCCCCGCCUUCAGCACGAUCUAGAUCACAGCCGGAACUCGGGCAACAGGGCAGGCACGGGGAGGAGCAGAUGCCCGGCACCCACAGCGGGCCUCGGGGACAGCACCCCUGCGGAUUCACAGUGAACGUCUGUUGGGUGGGUGAGUGGGCGGUCCAGCCCCGAGGGAGGAGCCAGAGGAGACAGAAGGGAAGGAGCCAGGACGCACUCCCACCCCCUGCUCCCCAGCCCCUGCGUGUCUCAGCGAGCCUGACUCUCCAUGGCCCAUGGCUGAGCGCCACCAGGGUGCUAUAACACAGUACCUCAGACCCGGGGGCUUAUCAACCACAAUGUAUUUCUGGCAGCUCUGGAGGCCAGAAGUCAGCACCGUCAGGUUCUUCUGAGAGCCCCUGCCAGGCUGCACUCCUCUUGCAUCCCUCUGGCCUCUUCUUAUGAGGGCGUGAAUCCCACUCACGAGGACGCCACCCUCAAGACCUCAUCGCCUCCCAAAGAGCACACCUCCUCGUACCAUCACACCAGGAAGAGUGUUUCCACAUAGGAACUGGGGGACACAGCCCAGGGCAGGGAAGCAGGAUGGGGGGGGGUGAGGAGGAGCCCUCCCCUCUCUAGCGCUGCUCUCUGGGAGGGAGACCAUGCCGGAGAGCAGUUCCUCUGCUUCCCCUGGGACUACGGUGGUGGAGGCUUAGAGGCCGAGCUGGCUCGCACCUCCUGUGUGCCCCCAUCUGAUGCUAAGGGCACACGGUGCUAAUAAAGUCUCCUUAGACUCACCUCCCUGACUGCCUGCGUAUCCGGGGGUGGGACUCUCAGGACCCCAAGUUACACCUUUGGGGUUGGCCAGUUCCAAGAGCUCAGGGCAGACACUUGUGGGCAGCAGAGACCUGCCCCGCCAAGCACCCAGCAGCAGGUGGGGGCCCGGCCUUGGCCUUGCUCGUCCUGGGAGGAACUGGUGGUGGGUCUCAAUUCAGUAACUCCUAUCUUCAUGACACGGACUCUAGGCCUCCCCCCUAAAGUGACUCGAAUGAGGGGAAUUGUGAGAUGGUGGGAAAUGGGGUAGCCCCAGGAGGUAGGAGUAAGGAGGACAUGUCACCUGGGUGGGGCUGAUCCCAGUGGGGAUUUAUUUUACUCUAGCUCCUUGGUCUCUGACAAUGGCUACCCUUGCAUGGACAUAGUACCCCACUGUCACUUUUGAGGGCUUCCUGAUAUAGCCACACUCUUAGAUAGAUGUCAGUUCCAACUUGAUUUAUACAUUUAAUGAUCCUAAAGAUACUCACAAAAAUGCCCACAAGCACUUUCCCCGGAACUAGACAAACUGAUACUAAAGGUCUUAUGGAAACAUACAUGUGCCAAGGAAAGUUCAGAAAAUUAAAAAAAAAAA